UUACCGAGGACAAACGCAUGUUGGGUCGUAUAGAAGAUUUCAUGGCAAUGCAUUUGUUUUUAUCUUCCUUGCAUAUCAAAUUAAACGAGAGCACACAGAGCACACUAUGCAGUUAGUAUGCAAACGUGGCAAUGUUAAAUUCCCAAAAGUUACCCAAUUCACACGUUUAUAAUUACAGUCUCCACAAAUACACAUCCCAUCUAAGGGCCGGCGACACCUCGAGAAUGAUCUCGAGAGACGAGCGCUGACACACCAUGCCACAGCAAUGGUCACGACAUUAGAAACAAUCACACAACAAGCGUAUUUUUAACCUCCCAAGGUGCACACCUCAAAGAAGAACGCACGGUAUAAAAGCAAACGCGACAGCGGAUAAACUUCACUCCAUCGCCCCUCAAAAGGUGAACUCUGCAGAGCUGAAUAAAGAAAUCAAAAUCAUGGCAAGUCUACCAGUGAAUGACUCUUUGAAAAACGAGACCGCUCUACUGCCAGAGCAAAUCUGGAGCACCACUAACCACAUAGUGUACGCUAUCUUACUCAUCACGUGGUUGCCAUCCUUUGUGAUGCUUGUGCUCAUGGUGUGCCUCUUCGACCGGGUGACGACGUUCACCGAGAGCACCAAGUACAUCCUCUUCAUGAACCUGAUGACCAGCGACACGCUCUACGUGCUCCUAUCGGGUGUGUUGAUGAUAAUAAGAUUGGAGCGGGUCUCGCUGAUUCGCGUGCUCUGCUGUAUUUUAAUCAAUCUAAGUACGACGUUUCAAAUCAACAGCACCCUCACAAUCACGGCCAUGGCUCUGGAGCGCUACUUGGCCAUUUGUCAGCCACUGCGAUACAACCAACUGGCCCACCGGCAGUCCGGCCUGCAGGUCGUGGCUGGCGUUUGCAUACUGUCUCUGUCAGCGCCAACCAUCCGCUUCUUAUUGUGUGUUGCAAGCGGCCCGCUCUUCAUGAACGAACACCAACUUAUAUGUGAAAUUAACCAGUUGGAUGCAGACAUGCCUUAUGGAGAGGUAGCAGUCGUUAUCCGUGACGUGUUUAUGUACAUGGUAUUUGCAUUUGCCGUGCUGUCUGUAGCAAUAUCCUAUGCCAUGACGGCUCGGGCCGCUAAGAAGGCCUCAGAGAAACACAGCAGCUUCUCUAAGGCCAGAAAGACCAUAGUGCUGCAUGGAAUUCAGCUGGGACUUUGCCUCCUGCCAGUGGCCUUGCCUAUGUUCUACAAGUCGGCAGAGUUGUUGCACCUUAACGCUGGGGCCACACUCAUAGUCAGGGUUGCAUUCUGCCUGGUGCUGCACGUGAUCCCCCGCUUCAUGAGCCCCUUUCUGUACGGCAGCAGGGACGAGGAGAUCGUGAAACACGUUCGGAAAUUAUUGGGCAUUCAUUCAAAGCGAGUGAUGCCAUAAGUGGUCAUGCUUACUUAAGGAAAAGGGAUCAGCAUUUAUGAGGCUCUUAAAUGCCAUAGCGCUCUAUUAGAUUUAAUUACAUUUAUAAACAUUAAUUAAUGGAGCUAUCCAAACAUCUCAAUAUAGGGCGAUGGUGCUGGAGAAAAAUGGUUAGCCCUGGUUAUCGCUUGCCUGUGGUUUCCUGUACUUCUCAAUCUAAUGAAAGCUGUGUGCAUUACAAUAUUUGUGAAUUCAUAGUUAUCUUAAUCGACCCAAUGCUCUGUGGCAGUUGAGCUAAACUUCUCGCGUUGGGAGCCAUCUCUCCACAGCACAAGGUGUAGGCAAGCACCCUCAAGAAUAUGGGCAUUGGUCGGCCAGUCGGAGAACUUGGUUGACUUUUUGUAGCUUUUCCCAAUUACGUCGAAAGUUAUAUUCUAAGCAAUUUAAAAUUACUUGACUAAUUUGAAGGAUGGGUUUCUUAAUAUCAUUUUUCUUAUUUUUAAAAUAUUUGUAUUUCUUUAUUUGAUUUGAUGGUAGACAAAUAAAAACAUACCACCCAGCAUUACAGAUUGGAAGCAUCCUUAUUUACUGAACUCAUUGUUGGGAUUGUACAGGGUUUGGCCAUUACAAUUAAAUUAUUUUUAAAUCAGACCAGAACUUAAACAAUAAUAAAGGUAACAUGAGCAUUGUUCUAAGAACCGACUCCAUUGACAUUUCUGCUGGUGUACAACUAUGUGGAAGAAACAAAAAGACAAACUGGUGUUGAUGGUGGUGCUAGGGGAACUUCAUUGCAGUCAGGGGAGUUGCAGAACUUGUACUUUUACAAUAAACACCAACGCACAAACAACGACACUCAACGCAUCAAAUGUAAAACAUAGAAGAUGCACGUGUUGCCACGACUACUGUAUCACGUCCAAAAGUGUGAGCUGUUUUAUGUUGACAAUAAUGAAAAUCUAUUGAUGACAAUUGUAUUUAAAAUUUUCAAUCAGCUGUCCCCCCUGGACACAUCCAAGUAUGCGGCUCGCGAUUUAAUAAAUAGUGGUCAUGAUCCUCAACAACUUGCACAGGGCAGAGAAACCGUUAUACACGAGAACAUUGAGAAAAGGCAGACAAGUUAUAUUUAUAAUGAUUUGUAUACUCAAAAAAAUGAUAUGUUGGACUAACUUAACUUUUUAAUGUCAACAGGAUGCACACAACUGGGUUAUGUUGCAUUUAAGUAACAUUUAUUUCGGUAAACGUAAGUGAAUUACU